AGUUCAAAAGAGGCGGCUGUGUGAACACAUGGACGAAUAUGUUUGAGUCAACGACUUUGAGGCAGAUCAUGUUGUUCAUCAGUUUUUUCGUCAUAAUUUUCGCAACAACAAUAUCUACGGCGCACAGGUUAAAUGUACCUCGAGUUUUGUUACCUGUGUUCAAUAAUUUCGCUGUUAAUUUUACGCUGGAAGUAACGGACGAUGGCUGUUACAAAUGGUCAUCUUCACGCUCCGAUAUCAUCCAACUGAUUCCUGUAAAUGAAAACUUUGAGAGAACAUGCUCGUCGGCAGUAUUAAUUCAAACAAUAACAAGAGAACCAACAAGGAAUACUGCCAUUGUAUUAGCUGAGGAUAUCAAUACUGGUAACUUUUUGCGUUGCGAUGUCAUAGUGGAUGCUAUUUUUUCUUUAAAUCUCACUACCACUACAAGAGAAUUGUACAUUGAGGAUAUACCUGAAGCAUUUGAAGUACGAGCGUAUGAUGAACAAGGAAACCAGUUUACAACUUUAGCUGGCAUAGAAUUUCUAUGGGAAACUGGCGAUGCUGAUAAACGCAUACCAUCUGAUACUAAAUCAACAAGUAAGGUAUUACGCUUUAUGACCUACGAGGAGUCGCAAUAUGAAAGACCUGCUAGUGUGGCUGCACUGGAUAGUAUUGGUAAAAGGGGUAAUAUUGUUCUUAUAGAAGGUAUCAAGACUGGUACAGCUAAGGUAUCCGUCAGAUUGCCACAUUCCGAAUAUAGGCAUGUUCCACCCGCGGAACUUGAGCUAAUCGUCAUUGCAAAUUUAAUCAUUAUACCACCGGAAAUAACAAUAAUGGUUCACGAUAGUUUCAAAUACAAAAUAAUGCACACUCGUCAAGGGCGGUUGGAAGAGAUCAGCCUGCCUUCGAGCCAAUAUUAUUUGAAGGCUGAGAAUUCCGACAUACUAGAGAUCGUUAAUGAAUACGAUUUCGCGUACGCCCGUAAAAUGGGACGUACGAAGGUCUUCUUACACGAUAAAAAUGUCCGCGAGGAGUAUUCGGUUAUCUUACCUUCCGCGACGGUCAAUGUACACGAAGUGGCCAAGAUUUCUCUGUCUGUUCUGCCGAAUAGAAAUUGGGGAUUAGUCUUAGGUCACACUCACGAGAUUAUUGUCGAGCUGUAUGACAGCAAGGACCAUAAAUUCUACAUCGGAGAAGGUGUUGACGUGCUUAUAAAGAUAGACGAACAAUAUUUCAAGUCCAAAUUUGCAACACAGAAUGGCACUUACGUUGUCGGAGUACCGAUUACCUGCGGAACGAUGACUGUGGAAGCGACGUUGCGCGGCAUAAUCGACGAACACGGCGAGAAAAUCACGUCUAUGCCGCAGCUUUAUACGACAGCCGAAUUACUGAUACACGAACCGGUUAAAAUUCAACCUCGUGUCUUAGCUAUCCCGUGGGACGUUGCGAACAGAUCUAGAUUCGACAUAACGUUGAAGUCGAACGGCGGGGACGGCUCGUACGUGUGGUCCAGCAGGCAGCCGUCCAUAGUGGCGGUCUCGCAAAAUGGCGGCAUCAGGAUCCUGUCUGCGGGUUCGGCAGAGGUGGUCGUCGCGAUGGCGAGGAAUCCUUACAACAAGGACACCGCGAAGAUCUACGUGUUGCCGCCGUCGAAACUGAAGAUAAUCGAGUACAACAUGGAGGCUGCUGUGGGGGAGCAGAUUUACCUGCACGUUGCGUUGUACGGCAAGCUGGUCAACGGUUCGGACGUCAAGGAGAUACCCUUCAGCGAUUGCAAGGACGUCCGCUUCGACGUGCACAUACCGGACGGGAACUUCGUGCAGGAUCACAACAAGGACGUGCAACCGGUCGGGGCCGCUUGCGCCGUGCUGAUCGUCAGCAACUACUGCUGCGUGGGCAAGUCCGACAUCACUGUGGCCUACAACGUGAAGGAAAACAACCGCUAUCUGGUGGACAACGUGACCGUCUCGGCGUACGAGCCGCUCGUGGCGGUGCACCCGGAGAGCAAGGAGACGUUACUCGCGUUGGGUUCCUCGCGGAACGUGAUAUUCAAGGGCGGGCCGCUGCCGUGGAGCAACCGGUCCCGGGAUUACUCGCGGGAGAUACGCUUGUCCAACGUGGAGGUCGCCGAGGUGACGGAGCGCGAGGACCCGUCGAAGGUCGGCCCGUUCGACCGGACGGUCUUCAGAGUGACCUGCAAGCUCCUGGGCAAGAGCACGCUGACGUACACGGUGUCGAACGUGCCGCUGUUCCCGAACUGCAAGCACACCCGCGCCUCGGAGACGGUUGAGGUCACCUGCGGCAAGCCGAGGUACAUGUACCUGCAGCCCGAGUUCAAGGACAGCAAGAGCUGCCCGCUCGGGCAGAACGCGGACAAGAUAAUCGCCCACAGCGGCAGGCAGCUGAAGAUCUCCGUGAUCGUCAAGGACGAGGACGGCAAGCGUUUCGACAACAUCACCAGCCUGAACAUAGAGUGGCACCUGGAGCCAUCGGACAGCGGCUCCGUGGAGGCGCCGUCCAGGACGAUCGAGGACACUUGCACCGACGUCGACGUGAUCCUGCCGAAGGGUCAUUACCAGAACGUCGGCUUCAAGAAGUACCAUGGCACCCUCACGGUGUCGGCGACCGUCACCGGAUACCAGAAAUACGUCCUCAACAGGCUGAAGAUCACCCCAGAGUGGCCGCCGUUCCCCAUCGAGAACCAGAGGGGCAGACUGGAGACUCCGUUGAUAGAAGCCUCCGUGGAGGCGACCCUGGUCAACGACACCGUCGUCCACCCGGACAGACUGAUGAUUCUCAACGACCCGACGAGCAUAUCCUACCUGCAGGUCAGCCAAGGCUCCGGCUAUUACGAGUUCCUGCUGAGCUCGGACGAGAUCGCGGAGAUUCGCUACUUGGACACGACACGGACGGUCAGCGUGAUUCCGAGGAAGCCGGGUGUGCUGCGGAUGACCCUGGUGGACUUGUGCCUGCCGUCCAUGCCGGCGGAGGUGCACGUCGAGGUGCAGCAGCUCGCGGUGAUCGAGGUAGACACCGUGAGCAAGAUCGAGAAGGGGAAAUGCGUGACGGCCGCGUUGAGGCUCUACGACACGCAUGGCCACCUGGUGAAGCUGCCGUCGCAGAGCGCGUUGGACUUCCACGCGGACGCCGACAACGAGCACAUCGAGAUCAAGCAGCUGCCGGUGAACGAGCAAGGCAGCGCGCCGUACGAGAGGAUCCUCUACAAGAUCCACGGGCUGUCGGAGGGCGAAAGUCGACUGACCUUCGUGAGGAAAGGCGGGAUACGGAGCGACCCGGUCACCGUGCAGGUGUUUCUGCCGCUCAGGGUGCAGCCGCGGAACCUGACCAUCCUCAUCGGCACCAUCUACCAGGUGCAGACCAUCGGCGGGCCGCCCAACGCCGAGGUCGAGUUCUCCACCGAGAGCGGCGACGUGCUGCACAUCGACCGCAACGGCAUCUUCGAAGGCAGGUCGCCCGGUCAAACGAAGGUGCACGUCCGAGCCAUCGGUUUCGACGCCAGGGGCAACAAAGUGGUUUAUUCGCAGGAUCACGCGGACAUACACGUGCUGCACCUCGAGGACGUGAAGAUCUCGACUCCCGUGGGUAGGGUGAAGGCUGGCGCCAGAUUCCCGGUCUGGGCGUUCGGCAUCCCCGAUUACCUCACGCCGCUCAUAAUCGGCUCCAUGCAGCUGCCGCUGAGCUUCACGUGGUCGUCGAGCGACCCGGGGCUGCUGACUCUGCACGACAUGUACGAGGGCACCGGGAUCAACAUCAGGUACCAGAAUCAGGUGUCUCUGAGGGCGAAGGCGCUCAGCCCAGGUUUGGCGACGAUCUACUUGAACGUCACCAUGCCCUGCAACAUGCUGUCCGGCUGUAAGAACGACGUCACGUACACCACGUUCGUGAAGAUCGAGAUCUUCGAGGAACUGCGGCUGGUCGAGCCGCCGUCUUCGCGGGACGCCUCGCCCAUACUGAUGUCGCCGAAUUCCGUCCUGCGGCUGCGGACGAACCGCGACAAGCACGCCACGACCACCUACAAGGUCCUGUCGAGCGCGCACGGCAACGAGUCCGCGGACUCACGCGCCUUGGCACCCGCCACGAAGACCGUGAGCGUCGACAAGGACGGAGUCCUGAGGUCCGGCGACAACUUCGGCCGAACGGUCAUCUCCGUCGCGAGUACCGAGGCCUUCAACAAGCAGACCCUGGCGCUCGUCGUCGAGGUCAAGCCUAUUCAUUACAUGAUGCUGUCCUUGAAAUCGAACCUGCGAAUACGGAACGGCGAGGAGCUGAACAUGCUGCCGAAGGGGAUGGAGCUGGACUACGUGGUGGAAUAUUACGACAACGUUGGCAACAAGUUCGACGCGGCUCAGGCCAGCGUGAAGGCCAUGCUGAACCGCGUGGAUCUCGCGUCGUUUGCCACAGCCCCGGAUAAUGUCAUCACCGCUAAGUUCCUGGAGAAUGGCGAGCUGGUCAUGAAGGCCUUCAACGAGAGGAAUCCGAACGGAAUGUUCGACUACGUGCACAUGAUGAUCGGCGAUAUCGUGUUCCCGACGAAGAGCACUCUGACUGUCGGCGAUAUCGUGUGCUUCUCGAUGCCGCUUCUCUCAUCCGACGGAGACCCAGGAUACUGGCAGUCAUCCGCGCCUGAGAUAUUGCUAGUGGAUCCUAUCACAGGGAUUGGUCGUGCACGAAGCGUCGGACAUGCAAUUGUGAAGCACAGUCUUGCCACGCACGUGCAAAGCGAGAUAGAAGUCGAUAUUCUGCCGAUUUCACGGGUAUCCAUCGUCCCUUUGAGAGGAAGAAACAUCACCGGCACGGAGACAUUCAGCGUGCCGCUGGUGCUGAAGAGCAAGGACGAAGAAGUCAAGGAAAACAACGUCUUAGCGCGAGGCUUAGGCGGCUGCCGGACGUUGUCGUCGUUCGCGCUGAAUGCGUUCCCCUACACGUGCAACAUUCAGUUCGUGUCGUCGACUCUGUCGUUCAACGUGAAGGAUCUGUUUCUCGUGAAGCAGCGAUUUGACAUUGUAACGGGCUUUUAUUAUUGCGAUAUUAUACCAAUGGCCUCUCCGUCCGUAAGCAUCAGCACACUGGUCAGUCACAUUCAGAUCACCGCCCAGAGUCGAGAUAUCGGGUCGACAGCUUUGGAACUCGUUUACCUGCCACCUAUGUAUGUCAAUGUGAAAGAAAUUACGUUCGUCACCGCUCAGAGUCAAGGUGCGCCCGCUGCGACCUUCGAAGUGUACGGAUUGUCGUCAGUAUUGGAACAUCUCACGAUCGAGGUGCCGGAAGGCGUAUCCAUCACCUGGCAACAGUACAUCUCCAAGUCUGUGAUGCAGUACAGGCUGCGCCUGAUGCGCAGUCAGGAUGAGAUUCAAGGGCAGAAGGUGUUCGUCGCGAAUGACCUGACCAAGCAAAACAUAUCCCUUUACGUACGGAUGUCGAAGUACAGCCACUUCCUCCCUCUGUCCGGAAUACAAUGGGUGGAUUAUAUGUAUUUCCACAGAUACACGCUGGGAACGUUCUUCGUUCUCGCGAUUACGAUUUUUUACAUAUGGAAGAACAAGGUGGCGAAUAUGAACUUGACUAUCAGGAACAGAAGUAUCUUCGCCGACAAGUCUCCGUCGAUAGUGAGGAAAGGCGGUAUCCCGUGUACAAACGCCUCGACCUCGUUCAGUCCAUCCAGUCCGCGAAUUAUGCACUCCACACCGCAGAGCCCGUUCUCGGCGUUCGAACGCAGUCAGUUCGGCGAGAGAACAGUCUACGGUGAUCCGCGUGGUUUCAGCAGCGGACGAUAGGAGAGGAAGUAAGUCGACGAAGACUCGUUAAAGAGUGACCAUUCGCUACGGUACGCUAACGCUGAGAAAUCGUUCUGACGAUUCAUCGUAGCUGUUUGAACAAACAUUACUGUGACUGCUCGAACAAUUAGUACUUCCGUUCAACGCGACAAAUCGCGUAUGUACAUAUAUAUCGUUGUAUACACUUUGUAAUGUUCAAUAACGUUACACAAUAUGAUUUGUGUAAUUGUGCGUGCGUGUGUCUGUGUGGGUGGGUGCAGAUGUGUGCAAACGCGAAUGUAAAAUGCGACUGUGUGGUUGGACGUUGAUAAUAUUUUGAUUACACGUACGCCAGGGUUGUCACGGAAAGACUUGGAAAACCCGGGGAAAAGUCAUGGUCGGGGGAAGAUGUAAAAGAACCUGGAAUUUUUAAUUUUACUUUCGUAAUUCCCUUAAAUGCUCUUAUUCUUACGGAGUAUUUCUAAUUUUUUCUAUGUUAUAUCUAACACUUAUAAUCAAAUGUAUUCGAAACCUUUGAUAAAUUAUUUCUUACAUGGUAGGGACGUGGCACAUAGAAAAACUCAAGCGAUACAAAAAGUGACCAAUCAUAACCGAUUGUCCCUUGAAAAUAAUCGAAUAUGGUUGGCCAAUUUUAUUCAAUUACCCUUUUUCGUCAAACUGCGCUCUUUCCUCCAAUACUUUUUUAUUGGUCUGAAUUUGCACUGAGAAUUAUCUUACUAAACUUCUGAGUUUAUGUUGCUUCUAAUAAUAUGAACUAUUUUUGCCGUGAUGCCUGUUUCUAAACGUUAGAAUUUCAGAUUGGCUGUGGAAAAAUUCUUUCCACUGUCGUACGGAAAAAUAGGGAAGUUUGAAAAUUCGUUUUCCGUAGCAACCCUGAUUAUACGUACACACUUUUACGCGCCCGUUCGUUUCGACGGCGAUAUAUACGGUUACUAGUCACAAAGCUAUAUUUUUGUUUACACAAAUAAAUAAAUAAAAUGGCAGG